GAAGGGUUAAAGGCGGCGAACGAGCACAAAAAGGACGAAAAAAAUCUCCCGAAUCACCGAAAAGCGACCGCCGGGAAGCGGCUUAAAUUUACAUUUUCACAUCCCCUUCGCAACCCUCCUUGGAGUCGCCGGUAACGGCGAGCAAACCGCGCCCGUACAACACGAAACACGUAAAGAAUGGUGCGGUCGAAGCAACUCGUGUGGCCAUCCGUGGCCCUCUUGUUUGGCCUUGCGGCCCAAACCAACGGGACCAAAUCGCAGGUUGUCGAACUGGACGAAUCCAACUGGGACCGUAUGCUGACGGACGAAUGGCUUGUUGAGUUCUACGCACCAUGGUGCCCGGCGUGCAAGAGCCUGGCGCCCAUCUGGGACGAUCUGUCGACCUGGUCGGAUGAUUUGAACAUCAAGACGGGCAAGGUGGACGUGACGUCAUCACCCGGACUGAGCGGCCGGUUCUUCGUGACGGCACUGCCAACGAUUUUCCACGUAAUCAACGGUGAAUUCCGCCAGUACAAGGGACCGCGCGAUCUCAACUCCUUCAUGACGUUCGUCGAGGAGAAGAAGUGGAAAUCGCUCGAGCUCGUUUCGGCCUGGCGCAAUCCGGACUCGAUUCAGAUGUCACUUGUGUCGCAGUUCUUCAAGCUUUCACACUUCCUGAAAGUAAGUAAAGACCGUUUUCGGGAACUUAACACAAUGCUGCUGAAGGACUACGGUCUGCCCGUCUGGGGAUCCUACGCGCUGUUCGGUAUCGGAACUAUCCUGCUGGGCGCUAUUUUCGGACUCUUUCUGGUGUGCAUCAUCGACUGCCUGUUCCCACCGAAGUCUGGUCAACGGCAAAGCUUCUCCGAGCACAAGCAGAAGGUACGGGCCGAAAAGGUACCGGAAGAACUGCGCGGUGACGAGCUGGUUGAUGAGAACGAAGAGAAACGGCUGGUGGAAGACGCGACGCAGGAAGACGACGAAGAGGAAGAGGAUGACGAUGAGGCUGAGAAGGAUACGUCGGAAGGCGAAAAGUACUCGGGCAGUGAUGAUUCCGCUUCCGAUGACGAAGUCGAACCCGUGGAAGAAGAAGCCGAAGCACCACCGGCAGAACCCGUACCAGAGAAACCGGCAGCCCAGGAUGCGAAGAAGGAAAAGACCAACACCACCAGCCCAGACAUACGGAAACGCAAGCCGAGAAAGGCUGACUAAACCGCGAACUGACUGCACUUUUCUGGUUUUUCCACUUUUUUUUACUACUCCUCCAUUUAUCGUUUCCUCAAAUUUUUGUGCAUUUAAACCAUACUAUUCCAAUACUUUUCACAUUCUUCUUCUUUACUGCGUUUCCUGUUAUAUGCUUAAACACCACGCUUGUUUUCCACCAAAAAGUAAGGAUCGACCGUUUUGGCGCUGAAGGCGUUUGUCUUGUGUACAUUUAGCUACUAACGGAAGGAACCCAGCGAAGGGUGGGCAAGUGUAGGGCUGUGCGUGCGAGCUAGGCUAGAGAAGAAGAUCGUAACUCUCUGACGUGGCACCUUUGGGGUGGGUACUUUGCGAUCAAAAAAGCGAUUUGAUAAAAAGGCUCGAACGAACUUUUAAAAUCUCGAACGUGUUUGACUGGCAAUUGGUAAACCAUGCUGAUCGGAGAGGAGAACGCGGGGAUGGAAAGGAUAACGAAGGACGACCGAGCGAAUGGGAGCCGACGAUAGGAUAAGUUAAUGCGUAAAGCUAAUAAAGUAACGACACGAUAAA